GUCCCGACAGCGACAGGAGAACCUCCGCUGUAUCGCACGGCGGACAUUAGAUUAUACACCACCUGAGAUUCUCUCUCGCGUGAGUUCGCACGCCUAACGGCGGUUUCGAGGAAUCAAACUAAACGUGCGCUUUGGUUUUGUUUCGUCGUGUUUCGUCGCGAAACUUUUCGUCGUUCAACUUGUGACAGGAAUAGAAAUCGUCCGUGAAGAUGCGUCUCGCUGGGACUUUGGCUAUUUUGCUGCUCGUCGCUACCAAAAUGUCGGGACAUCCUCCGCAAGAGAGAUUAAUGCCAGAUGGGACGCCGGUUUCCGAGGACGGGGUCGAGCACGAGGAUUCCGUGGCGUCCGCGUCGGAGGUAGGCGAGGAGUACGACGAUUCCGACAUGUAUAUGGAACCGGACGAAGUCGAAACUACUCCGCAACCGGAAGAAGCGAGCACGGGAGAGAACAAUCAGACGGAGGUGUCGACUAUUGCCACCAUCGAGAGCAACAACGAGAAGAACACGACCAAGAGCAGCGAGAAGUCAUCCGAAGUCGAGAAUCCUGACACCUCAAAGGAGGACCUAGAGGCGAAGAACACUCAACACAACACCGCCGUCACGCAGUUCGCUGAUGUGGAGGACAAGAGUCUGGAGACCGACAGUCAGAACUUCUUCCCGUCCUUCGCGGAGCUCUUCGCGAAUCACCGACUUCCGUUCACGGAACAGCAGCAGCGAUACCGUCCGAACAGGUUCCUGGGCUACUUCCAACGCGACCGCGGCAACUAUCAAGCCGCCGCGACGAAGGAUCAUCACUCGUUACUGGGUUCGGGCAACUUCGGCGUGAUUCGCGGCGGCACUUAUUAUCCGGAGGACAAGGACAGCGACGAGUACUCGGUGGACGAAAGUCUGUACAAUCCGUAUUAUCACAGUCGCGGCCGCUCGCAGUAUUACAGAAAUCCGAAGCCCCAGCCGAUACGCGGCGGCGAUUUCUUCGCGAACUUCCGCGACUUCGCCGACAUCACGGCGCCGCCCAAGUCCAGUUUCUCGCAUCUGUCCGUAGUGUACGCCAACAAGAACGGUAGCGCUACCGGACGCGUCACGGAACCCAGAAAUAUCAUCGAGACCCUCAGGAUGUUGGAGGAAGAGGAGCUGUCCAACGCGGAGGAGGUCUCUACCACGGAAGUGCCGAGGAAGAAGCAGAGCAAGGGCAAGUGGAAGCUCAUGAAGAUAAAGCAGUACGAGGACGACAAAGCGAGAAGGUCUCGCAUGUCGGUCGAGCCGUUGCUCGCCCUGAGCUGAGCUGUGGUUGGUGUAGAUCUAAAAAAAAGUGUACGCUAACGCGAACGCAAAACACGGAAUUAUUAUUCCCAAAACGCGGAAUCUGGCCUCGAGAUCAGAACCAAAGUCUGAAAAGCGUCGUCUCUCUCUGUAAAAAUGAAGGAGCAAUGUGCUGAAAAACGUGCAAUAGAAACAGAAGAGACUCGCACUUUCGCAUAUUUGCGGGACAAUAUUGUGCGCGCGCGCGCAUGAACUUCUCGAUCAACAAUCACAAUCCGAAAAAAUCCAACGAUCCGAGAAUCGUAUUUCGAAAUUUAACAAACGCGUGUCGUCGUCGUCGUCGUCGGUUAAAACGGCAAUAUUCAAUUCCUAGACUUGGAAUUCUGACAGUGGUACGUAAACACGGACUAUGAGCUUGAGUGAAAACACCGGUUCGUAGGUUUUAACUUAUAAGCGUCGUACAAAGUUUCAUUUCCUCUGAGCGAUAAAAACUAUUUUAACCAAAUAAGUAUUUUUAAUAAAAUAACUGGAUCUUAAGAUUCCAAAGUAUCGCAAAAACCUUGGAUGAAUAAUUGCUGUUUACAAUUUUGUGUAAAAUAAUUGAACUCGGUUAGAAAAUUCCUCCCGCAGCGCUAUGUGUAUUUUCUCUACACCUUUCGGAGGAGAACAGUUCUCGUUUCGACAAGGCGUUCGGCAAAGCUAACUAUAAGCGGCGAUUAUUCACGGAGACCUUUUUACGCGUCGAUUGAAUUCACUUGCUCGUACGCGAACGUUCCGCUCGAGUAAGUCACGAUUCCGGAAUCAGUAAUUCUUUCAACGACAAUCGCGUUCGGUCAAAAGAAAAAAAAACGAAUUUCCACGAGGCUUGCGCGCGCGGCCUCGUUAUCUUAAUUAUACAAAAUACGCGUAAGCGUGGCACGUAGGAUAUAUAUUACAUGUUUAUUUUAGAAUAUACAUAUAUAUAUGAGAUCUGUUCUUUUUUUUAGUUGCAAUUCUUCU